CAAAUAUUAAAUUAAAAUUUAAAAUAAUAAAGGAAGUGAUAUACACUAAACAAUACAUUAACUUUUAGUGAUAUAAUAACAAAGUUUUGAGAACUAUUUUUGAGCUAUAUGACUGUGAAAGUGAAUUAUAGAAUCAAAAUAUUAUUAAUUAACUGGAUUAAUUACAUAUUAUAAAUUUUGAAGAGAAGUUAAAGAACAGACAUAAACAAUGGAAGGAACUGAAUCAACACAUAAUACAAAAAUAUCUGACUCAGCAUACAGCAAUUCAUGCAGUAAUAGUCAGUCACAAAGAAGUGGAAGCUCUAGUAAAUCUAGACAAAGUAAUUCCAGUGGUUCGUCAUCUGGAUAUGGCGGCAAGCAGCAAAUCACAGAUCGUGCGAUUCCACAACCUUUAUCAAAGCGAUCAAAGGAUAGAAAGAAGAAGAAGUCAAAGACAAUUCAAGCAGGAACAACAACUCAAGAUGAUGCACAACCAACUGUAAUAAGUGAAUCACAAGAUGAUGGAGUUAUUGAAAAAGAGACAGAAGUAAAAAAUGACGUCCAAGAGCCAACAGGAACAGAAAAUUCAUCAUCUACUAGUACUGAAAAUAUUCAGCCUGCUUUAUCACCAUCUCUUAACAGUAAGAAGCUGGUUGAAGAUGAUCACAAUUUACAAAAUUUUGAAGGAAUCAAUGACAUCAAAAUCGAUCAAAUUGAUCAAAUUCAGCAAGCAAAGGCUGACAAAAUAAUACCCGAAGAGGGAUUUUGUUGUGUAAUGAGCAUGCACGACGGAGUUGUUUUAUAUACAACACCCUCAAUAACGAGCAGCUUAGGAUUCCCACGCGAUAUGUGGUUGGGAAGAAGCUUCAUUGAUUUUGUUCACCCAAAAGACAGACCAACAUUUGCAUCACAAAUUACAUCAGGAACAACAACAGCACUCGCCGAAGCUCGUAACAGUAAUUUCAAAGACACAAAGCAAACAUUGUAUGUGAUGUUACGACAGUAUCGUGGACUUAAGUCCUAUGGAUAUGGCGUAACCACAAAGACAGUAAAUUAUGAGCCUUUCAAGUUGACAUUGACAUUUCGCGAGGCUCCUGAUGAGAAUUGUAUCUCAAAUCAAAUGCCAUACAAGACAACGCCGUCUGUAAACUCUUCAAUGCUUCUUGUAAUCAGCGCUACACCUGUUAAAAGUGUUUAUAAAAUGAGCGAUGAAGUUUUUACCGCACAAAAAGAGCAUACAAAAUUCACAACACGCCAUACAGCAUCUGGUAUGUUAAGUCACGUUGAUGGUACUGCAAGCUUGUUGGGAUUUUUACCUCAGGAUAUGUUAUCACGAAAUAUUAUGGAAUUUUAUCAUCCAGAAGAUAUGAAGUUAUUAAAGGAAGUUUAUGAGACGAUUAUGGAGAAGGGACAAACUGCUGGUGCUUCCUUUUGUGGAAAACCUUAUAGAUUCUUAACUCAUAAUGGAACUUACUUAACUAUUGAAACGGAAUGGUCAAUUUUUGUAAAUCCAUGGUCACAUCACUUGGAAUUUGUUAUUGGAUAUCAUCAUGUUAAGAAAGGUCCAUCGAAUCCUAACGUCUUAGCAUCAACGGAAAUGCAAUCGCAAUUUCCUGAGCAAGUGAUCAAUGAAAGUAAGAUGAUCCGAGAAGAGAUUCUGAAGCUUUUAUCAGAACCGAUAAUGAGACCAAAUGAUACAGUGAAGCAACAAGUGUCAAAGCGAUGUCAAGCAUUGGCAAGCUUUAUGGAAACAUUGAUGGAAGAAGUAACAAAACCAAGCUCGCGAGCAGAUCUCAAAUUAGAUUUGCCACAAGAAGCAGACUUGACUUUUUCUGAACGCGAUAGUGUCAUGCUGAUUGGGGAGAUAUCACCUCAUCAUGACUACUUUGAUAGUAAAAGUUCUUCAGAAACGCCACCAAGUUAUAAUCAAUUAAAUUAUAAUGAGAAUCUGCAGCGAUUUUUUGAUAGUCGACCUAUAACAGAGCUGGAUAUUAUGAAAAUGGAUCAAACGGAUACUCACGAACUAGAGACGCGGACUGCAAAUUUAAGUCCUACGCAGUGUUUUGGUGAGAGUGGAGGGUCUGAAAGUGCGGGAAAUAUGAGUUCAGCGAGUAAUGCUAAUAUGGAAAGCAUAACAAAUACAUCAACAGGAACUUCAAAUGGCAGUUCAAACUACAUCCCACCAACACUAACAGAAGCAUUGUUAUGUAAGCAUAAUGAGGAUAUGGAAAAGCUUAUUAUAAAACGGCACAAAGUAUCUCGAGUACAUAAAGGUGGAGAGAAAAAUAAAAAGGCACAAGAGCAGCACUCGCAUGGCGUCAAAAGAAGUGGGUCACAUUCAUGGGAAGGUGAAGUCCAUAAAACAUUCAAACAGCAACAUGUUAAUGAGACACAAAAGUCAGUCACACCAUUCCCAACUCAAACAAAUCCUCAGCCUUAUCAAAAUGCAAAUGUCGAUUUGUGGCCUCCAUUUUCUGUAAGCCUGACAACAAUUCAGAGUACGCACACAACAGCACAUGCAACACAUUUUGCAACAUCUUCAAUCUUUCCUGCUGUCUACUAUAUACCUCAAAAUAUAUCAUCACAAGACCAACAUGGUUCAAUACAGGCUGUUCAAUACAUGCCUGGUUUACUUUAUCAGUCAAUGAUGUAUCCACAUCCAUCUCCCUUUUAUCAAAUGCAAUUUCAACCCCAACAAACACAAUCAAGUAUUAAUGAGUCAAUUUACAACACAACGUUUCAAUUUGACAAAGCAAAUAUGGCAAUGCCAAAUCUUCAAAAAAUCCCAACUCCAAUCGGUAGUGGUUCUCAGAAUCAGAGUACAUCGUUUCAAAGGCCACCAUCUCAAGCUACGUCAGUUAAGGCUGAUAUGGGCUCAACAUCUGCAUCAGUUGUAAAUAGAGCGCUUUCGGAGUCGUCAAAGAAAGGACAGGUGGAUUCACCAGCAAUAGAUUUUACAAAUCAACUUAAUCAUCGAAAUAAUGACAAGACAACAAGUGAAGAUGAAUCUAGUCACUCAAGCUUUUACUCAUCGUUCCUAAAAACUGAUGAAGGACAGACAUCAUCUAAUGAAGAAAGGAACGAAGGCAAAGAUGACAUGCAAUGGGAGAAGACACCUAAAAUUCCAAUUAAACGCCCGAAUCCUCAUUGGCUUGACAAUAUUAAUGUAACACCUGAAUUAAUUUAUCGAUAUCAAAUAAGCACUAGAACAUUACGUGAUGUAUUGAAGGAUGAUUUGUGUGCCAUGAAAAAUAUUCAGCAGCCAGAUCUUGUUAAUGAUCAACUUAAUCAGCUUUACAUAGAUCUUGAAUUGGAAGGAUUAUCAGCAAAAUUAUCUCUCGAGUCAUCAUCAGGAAGUAGUGGAGAAGAAAAUUAUAAUUCCGUUAAGCAAAGACGUAAAAAGUUUCAGUAUAAUAAACUUGUCUUAGUGUACGAGGAAAAUUGUCCUUUACCUUCAGACUAAGUCUUUUGUUUACAUGAAUUUUUUCAUGUCUGACUGAUUUUUUUAAGCUUAUUAUCAGCUAUAUGUGUGUGGUUAUGUAUGAAAGUAUUGACUUAUUUAUUUUUGCAUUUAAAAAUUUACAGAUAAAUGUUGAAGCUACUAUUUUUAAUAAAAUUAC